GUCUGUGUGUGUGUGAGGAUGAGAGACAAGACGGACAGACAGUGAUUUCAGACAGACCUAAGGGAGAGAGAUAGACGGAAAAAGAGAGAGAGUGAAGAGUUAGAAAGAUGGAGCUAGCGAGACGGGGGUGGAGCUUCUCGUGAGGGACGUGGUCGUAAACUUGUCACUCAAUGGCGGUUUCCACGGCGAGUGGGCGGUCUCGAAACGCGGGCCAUCCAAUGGGAGAGGACGCUGCGUGUGUCACCAUGGUGACGGGGCUGUGCCCCGGGGGUUGUGAUGGGUUGACAGGUGCGUGACAAUCGCAGCUCUCUGCAAGCAUGUACGCCAAAGGCAAGACUAACAACGUGCCGUCCGACAGCCAGGCCAGAGAAAAGUUAGCGCUGUAUGUUUACGAGUACCUGCUGCAUGUAGGAGCACAGAAGUCAGCACAGACCUUCUUGUCAGAGAUCCGAUGGGAAAAGAACAUCACACUAGGAGAACCUCCAGGGUUCCUCCAUUCAUGGUGGUGUGUGUUCUGGGACUUGUACUGUGCAGUUCCAGAGAGAAGAGACACAUGUGAGCACUCCAGUGAGGCCAAGGCGUUCCAUGACUAUGUGAGUUUCUGACACCAGAGUACUCUUCUUAUAAUCAUUCUUUUACCAACAUCAAAUCAUAUGGUUCCCAAUAUCUAUCUAUCCAUCUAUCCAUCCAUCCAUCCAUCAAAGGGUCUUGUAGUACUCCUUCAAAAUAGAUCAGGUACACAUUUACUCUUUACUUAUUUGCCUUAACCCAAACAUGAAUAAAUAUAUAGCGCCAGAUGACUUUAGAUUUGCUGUCAUUCCGUAAAUAUCUCCAAUAUUUGUUGUAUUUACCAAUCUUACAAUCUGCCAAAUAUCAGAACUUGUGUACUCCUGGCCCCUGUUUGUUGUACUUUUAUACUCCAGUAACUGCAGCACAAUGAGCAGCACCGGAGCACAGGAGGUUUUGAAUUAAGGGCGGGCAUACACUGUACGAUUUUAGCCAGUUUUUGACCUGAUGUUUGAGAUGCACGACCUGGCGACGCUCGGCCCAAUUUCCCGUUUCGUCGGGCGUCUUUUCCCAUACAGUGUACAGGGGAUAACGAACCACCGUCGGACAGUCGGAAGAAUUUCUGACAUGUCAGAAAUUUUGGUUGGCUGAUAAUUUCUUUCGCACAGUGGAAGCAGAGCCCCGAGUCGACCGGAGCAUUUCUCCCUCACUGCGUCUGCGCAAAAUGAUAGUAACCAUGGCGAGGCGUCGGUGGCAUGAAAACAUGGAGGCGAGAUUGAUAGAGCUGUGGCACUGUCCACGUUUAUUGAGCCAUCUCUAACUCCAGA